AUGGAAAUCAAACCAAAAAGCGAAUUUAAAUUAUUCACUUUCUAAAAUAUAUUGUUUGUUAAAUUUGGAAGGGAUUUUUGGAAUGAGUCUUUAUAAAGAUUAUUGAAUUAGCAAGCGGAAGAAGAUUUAAACUUUCAAAUUGAAAAUAAAAUAAUUUACAAAUUAAAUGACUGCAGUGCUUAUCAAUUUCUAAUUAAGAAAUAUUUGAUAUUCACUUUUUACUAAAAAUCAAUUCUUGAUAUGGUUAUGGAUAGGCUUAACUUGAUAAAGAUUAGCUCCAUAAACUACUAUAUCUCUAAUUUAAAAGGCUCUGAGUAUAUCAUGAAAGUAUUUUAUAGACAGUAUUAUAAAUUAUCAACCCUUAAACACUCUUCAAAAGUUAAGCUUAAAAUCCUAAUUUAUUUUUCAUUUCAAAACAAUCUAUUAAUAUUCUAGAACUAUCAAUAAUUGAAUAACCGACAUAAUAGAAUUGAGGAGAUAAAAAAUUUUAAAGAAAAAUUUUCAUUUUAAGCAUUCAUUCAAACCUGCUUUCUUUAUUGCUAAUUUUCCAAUAUAUCGGUGAUUACAAUAGAUUUAUUGUUAUUAUACUCAAUGCUAUAUAAUGCAAUUGAAAUAAAACGAAUUAUUUUAUACCGUUUUGGCUACUUAAAAUUAUUAUUCUACAUACAUAACAUUGAAUUAAUUAUUCACAUAAAUUUAAAUACUUAUCAAUAAUAAUAGAAUAUGAUUGAUAGGAUAAGUUUGAAUAUACUAAAGAGUAGAUAUAUGAUUAAUGAAAAAUAGAUCCUAGGAGCCGUUCAAAGAAGACUCAAGUUUUUAAUGGCGGAAGAAUGA